AUCAAGGGCCAGGCGCCCGCCUCCGAUGAGCCAGCCUCGACGGUGCGACCCCCGAGAGAGCCCCGGCACCCCGCUACCCUCGGAGACGGCGCUGGAGACGACGACGACGACGACGACGAUGACGGGGCCGGCGGAGGGACACGGUGUUGGCGGCAAGACGCCCGGAGAGGAGGACGAGGGGGCGAGGGACGACCUCGGCGGCGGGGGGGAAGGGCCGGACCGGGGUGGCGGUGGUGGGGGGGACGAGUGGGAGGGAGUCGGCGCCGGUGGUGGGGAGCCUGAGGCUGGACCCCGCGCCCAGCGCCCCAAGGGCGGCGCCCCAGCGAGGAGGGGCCAGGCCCGCCUCCCCCGACGGCCCCCGCUGCGCUGCAGCGACUGCGGCAAGCGCUUCCGGCGCUCCUGGCGCCUCUGCUGGCACCGCGCGCGGCACCCGCCCCGCACCCCCUUCAUCUGCUCCAGCUGCGGGCGCGUCUUCGGCUACUUCCAGGUGCUGGCCCGGCACCGGUGCCCGCAGGAGGCGUUGAGAGGUCAGGCGCCGGCGGGCGACGGUGAAGCCGAGCGCCCCUACCUCUGCCCGCUGUGCCCCAAGCGCUUCGCCACGCCCUGGUACCUGCAGAAGCACCGGCGGCGCCACGAGCGGCCGCCCUCCUUCGUCUGCGCCGACUGCGGGCGGGCGUUCAAGGAGCGCUAUGAGCUGGCGCGGCACCAGCUCAUCCACGAUCCCCGGCGCCCCCACCGCUGCCCGGUCUGCCUCCAGCGCUUCGGCCGGCCGGAGGGGCUUGCCUGCCACCUGCGGGCGCAGCACGGGCCACCCCGGCGCCGGCCCUUCCGCUGCGGGGUGUGCGGCAAGGCCUACAGCCGCUCGGCGCACCUCCUGCGCCACGAGUACGGCCACACGGGCGAGCGGCCCUACCCGUGCACCGAGUGCGGCAAGGCCUUCCGGGACCCGGGCACCCUGCGCCGGCACCGGCGGCUGCACCAGAGGCCGACCCCGCCCCGGCGGGCGGUGGGCGGGGGGGAGGAGGAGGAAGAAGGGGAGGAGGAAGGGGUGGAGGAAGGGGAGGAGGAGGUGCCGGCCGCCGGAGCCGCGGCGGCGGCGCCGGCCGCCCCUCCUCCUGCCCCCCGACCGCCGGCCCCGGCCGGCAUCAAGUGCGCUGUCUGCGGCAAGCCCUUCGCCGACGCCGGCGCCCUGGAGCGCCACCACCUCCAGGGGCACGCCGGGCAGGGGCCCUUCCCCUGCCCGCUGUGCCGGCUGGCCUUCGCCACCUCGGGCGAGCUGCAGGCCCACCAGGCCGGCCACGGGCACCCCCCUCCCCCGCCCGGCUUCUCCUGCGGCCAGUGCGGGCGCAGCUACAGCCGGGCCUCCCACCUGCUGCGCCACCAGCGCAGCCACACCGACGAGCGGCCCUUCGGCUGCCCGGCCUGCGGCAAGGGCUUCGUCAACUCCUACGAGCUGCUGCGGCACCGGCUGACCCACACGGACGAGGCCCCCCACCCCUGCCCGCUGUGCGACAAGCGCUUCAAGCGGCCCCACUACCUGGCGCAGCACCUGCGCACCCACAGCGACCAGACCCCCUACGCCUGCCCCUCCUGCGACAAGCGCUUCAAGACCGCCUCCUACCUCCUCAAGCACCAGAGCCGGCACCAGCCCGAGCCGCCGCGCCACACCUGCGGGGACUGCGGCAAGGGGUUCCGCUACCCCUACGAGCUGGCGCGCCAUGGGCGCUCCCACUCGGACCAGGCCCCGUACCCUUGCCCCGCCUGCCCCCGGGCCUUCAAGAGCGGCCGGGACCUGGACCAGCACGCCCGCCUCCACACCGGCGAGCGGCCCUACGUCUGCCCCUCCUGCGGCAAGGGCUUCACCCGCUCCUCCAUGCUGGGCCGGCACCGGCGCACCCACACCCAGCUGCGCCCCCACUCCUGCCCGGCCUGCGGCAAGGCCUUCAAGGCCCCCUCGGGGCUCCGGGGCCACCAGCGGCGCAAUUGCCGGGCCUACCGGGAAGCCGGCGGGGGUGGAGGGGGUUGCGGCGGCGGGGCCCAGCCGGCUGCCCAGUCCCCCUCCCCCCCCGCCCCCGCCGCCGCCGCCCCCGCCGCCGCCCCGCCAGCCCCCGCCGCCGGCCCUCCGUCGCCGGUCCCGGACGAGACCCCGCUCUCCCGGAUGGGGCCCCCCGAGCCCUACGACUGUGCCCUGUGCCGGGGCACCUUCCGGCAGCUGGUGGACUUCCUGAAGCACCGCUGCCCCCUGCCCGAGGAGCGGCCCCCCGCCUUCCGCUGCCCGCGGUGCCCCGAGGCUUUCGCCCGGGCCUUCGAGCUGGCCUGCCACCUCCCCUGCCACUCCUCCGAGCCCCCCCUCCGGUGCCCCCGCUGA